AUGCGACUGGAUGAAACGCGUAACAAGCAGGCACCAUGGGUGGAUGCAAAAGAAGCCAACUUUCCGUGCGAAAUCGUUGAGACGGCUUGCGUUAAAGAAGAUAAUAGCACUUCCUAUCAAAUGGUUCAUGCACAGAUUCUUGAGGUAAACGAAACAGUAAAAAUAGACAAAGCCAAGAAACUGUACAGUGUUUAUGUUAUACUGCUGGACUCUACAGCACAUACGCAAGGAAUACGAAAUUUGCCGCAAACGUUGCAUUUUUUUGAGAAAUCUAUGCAAGCAGUUUCCUUCCCACAUAUCAAUAAAGUUGGGCUAAACAGUCGCCCCAACGGAGUAGCUCUAUGGUUUGGGAAAAGAGUUGAAACUGUGGAUAGGGAACUUUUUGGUUUGCCCAGCAUCGAACCCGACUGGACACAUGAUCACGUCUGUUACACAUAUCUCGAUAACGAAACCUCUAUAUUUAAGGAAUUUAGAGAACGAGGAUAUAAGACGCUGCUUGCUGAAGACUGGAUGAGGGGGACUCUCAUUUGGCCAAACUGUUGGGGUUUUAAAGAGCAACCGACUGACCAUUAUAUGAGGCCUUUCCAAGUAGCGCUGGAAAAAGAAGUGGCAAAACCGCUGGAAGAUACAUACAGUACAAAAAACUGUAUCGAACAGCAUAAAGACAUUCUCCGCUAUUUAGAAGAUUUCGUGAAUGCAUAUGACGGUGACGCAAGUUUCUUG